AUGCCCUGCUUCAAAGGUCUCGCUGUGAGCAUACACACUCCCAAUGGACCUUUGCCAGAAUACUCUGUACAGAGAACCUCUCGUCUCUCAAGAAUCAGUGCCUACAUCCCCGUGCCGCCUGCGCAAAUUCCUGCCGACUCUCUGACGGGCAAACCUGAACAAUCGACCUUUGCCAUCUCCAUCACCCUCCUCACCCCUGGGCAGGAAGUUCCCUACUCCACGCCCAAGGCUACACCAGAUACUCCUAAUCCCAAACCCAAACUCGUCGGCGGCCUCCCAGGUCACACAAGUGAACGAGGAAAGUACACAAGCUCUGUUGGGCCUUAUGUCCCUUUGACAACCUCGCCGAACGAAACCAUCGCCGCCUACAUCUACUUCGAUGGCCGAGCCAAGGAGGAAGUUGCAACACUACUAAGAAAGGGUGAAGAGACCUGGGUGAAUUCUCGAUGGGUCAGUGUUCCUGAGAAAGAAGGAGGAGGCCUUGCAGAACGAGAAUUUUUGUUUCGUGAGGUCGGGCUCGAGCGGUGGUUGAAUGGUCUAGACCUGGACGGAAAGGACGCGGCAGCAACUAUUGAGAGACGCAGACAGAAAUUGGAGAAGAGACGACGAAAGCGGAAGGAGACUACCGGCAGUGAAGAUGACGCUAAUGGAGUCUCGAAGAAGGAUAGAAGGAAAAACACCAUGCGCUACAGCGAGGAUGGUGAACUGAAGGACGUUUCAGACGACGAGGGCUCUCUCAGCGACAGUGGUUCGUCCGAAGAUGAUGACGACCCGAUACCAGAAGCAGCAGGACAGAUCAAGGUUGCAUUGUUCCGGGUCCUGGCUUCUGGGGAGAUCAAACGCGGAGAGUAUUCACCUCAAUUUGAUGCGCACGAUGAUUCGGAAGGUUCAGACGCUGGAGAAGGGGCUGGUAACGGAGAUGGCAAGAACCGAGCAGAUGUUGACCACACCACCAGUUUUGCCAAACCCAAGACCUUGGAUCCCAAAACCAUCUCAACCCAGACGGUGACUGGUAUUGACCCUACCGACAAACCAUAUGCGGUCUUCACGUUUCUUUAUCGAGGAGAACGCCAACUGCAGAAGAUGGGCAUUCUCUCUGGACCCAAAUCCGACAAGGCAGCGGCCAACACGAAGAGACGUAGCAUAGCGGCGGAGCUUCCCAAACUUGGACCUCUGAAGAAAGAAGGCACUGCAGGCUUUUCAAACUUUCGCGACGCCGAAGGUGGACGAAGCCGGAAAGGCAAGAGAACAAGCGACGAUGAGAUGGAGAGUGAGAGUGACGAUGACGGAACUGGCAUCAUUGGCAAGAUGGAGGAUAUCAACGAUGCGGAUGCAAAGAGGGACCCUGGCAUGCUUAGUCCGGAAGAUGCUGAACGCACGGGCCAAGUUGCAGAAGGCAUCCGUAAAAUGAAGGUAAGAGACCCUUCGCCGUUGAAAUUCCGGCAUGGGCUAAGGUAUCAUCAGCUCAAGCGACAGCAUUCGGCGGAACCGCUGAAUAGCAACGGUAUAACGGAACCCCGCAAGAGCUCGAAAUCCGGCAGCCCUUCGGGCAGUUCGACGCCUAAGGCUGGUGCUGUUGAGCUUGGUACGUCGCCCGCGGGCACGACUUUGGGGUCGACCGGUUUGAGCAGCAGCCUGGACGUCACCAAGGACGAGGAGAGUUUCAUGGUUGGUAGUCCGAUGAAGCGACAGCGGGCUAGUAUUGCAGAUUUUGAUGAAGACAUCAAAAAGCGAUUAGGCGGCGGCAUGUCCACGUCCUCGAGCACCAUUGGCGAGGUCCUAGGGACUUCGGCUCAAGCGAUUGCAACUGGUUCAAAUCCUUCUGGCCUUCAAUUCGGAGGUCCACUGGUGAAAGAACCGGCCGCUGGCGACGACGAAGAGCUCUGA